AUGUCAGAACAACAACUUCUCGGUGCGUUCUCCUCGGCUCUGGGAGACGCUGACAAUGAGAGCACAUUCGCUUGUGGGGGACACAUUCCGGUCAUUCUCAGUCCAUCAAACCUUUCUGAGAACAGCAGAAACGAUAUUAAAUCUCAAGUCUACGAUCAAGUCAUCACGACCAAACGGGUCACGAUUCGCUAUGGGCCCUAUGGCCAGGGCGAAAUCCUGAGGCUUCCAACCAAUACAACCAACGACCCAGCAUUUCUGAACCUCAUCAGUACGUGUGAGCCCGCUACUUUCGGUCGCGGUGGCAAGGAUGUGUAUGAUGAACAGUAUCGCAAAGCAAUCAAGUUGGAUACAGACGACUUUCUUACUGAUUUCAGCCCUUACGAAACUGGCAUCAUCGACAUUGUUCAACAGCUUCUGAUGCCGUCGGUCAAGCGCAAAGUGACAGAAACAGUUCCUGGAGAGUUGCAGGAGAUUACGCCCGCCAUCAAUGCCGACGCCGAACUCCUUCAUGCUGCGGUGGAGGGAUCUUCAGAACUUGACUCGAUGACCCUCACAGAGAUACUAACCUCACGUUCGCCUGAGCACCUUUCCUCGAUCAUGAAGUUGUACAUGACGAGAUACCAGCAAGGUCUUGACGAAGUCCUGGAACAAAGGCUUGAGGGCGCCGACCUGGUCCUUCUGGACAUACUGGCAGAAGCUCAUUCAUCAGAUGACGAAGGUGACGACAGCACUCAGUCUGCUGAGAUGAGCUUGGGGAUUAGAGCUGAACUUUACAAGCUCAACAUCUACAGCAGACCUUCCGGUAAAUUCAAAGCGCACGUAGAUACUCCCCGGAGCGAGACUCAAAUUGGCAGUCUCGUUGUGUGCUUGCCCUCUGAGUUCGAGGGCGGCGUUCUGUCUGUUUCUCAUCAGGCAAACACUGUUAAAUUCGACUGGUCGGCGUCUUCCUCGACUAAUCACAUGCCAUGCAUCCAAUGGGCAGCAUUCUAUUCUGAUUGCUCUCACGAGGUACAGGAAGUCACUGCUGGUCACCGUGUCACCUUGACUUACGACUUGUAUGCUUCGCGCGGGAGUGGCUCUCUGGCUGGAAAGAAGCACAGCAUGGAUGCUGCACGCCUUCCAACGUACCAACCACUUGUCGAUCUUCUCAGAUCUUGUACUUUCAUGGUUGAGGGCGGAUCCAUGGCGAUUGGACUUGCCCAUGCUUAUCCUUAUACACACGCACUCUUGCAUCGACAUUUGCCCGGGGCUCUUAAAGGAGCAGACAUGAUGCUUUACGAGGUCUUACUGGCAUUGAAUCUCCGCGCUGAGUUAGUCCGUGUGAUGGACCUCUCUGAGGAGUAUGCCGACAUGCGUGACCGUGACGCUCAAUUCCAUAACAGCGAUGCAAGUGAUAAUGAGUCUUGUGACGGAGCAAGCGGGGACACCUUCUACCAGCUUGGAUUCGAGCCGAUGAAAAUUUCCGAUGAGAUGAUAGAGAAUUAUGACUUGGUGGAAAAGAUUGGAUGGGAUCGUCUCGGACCUGUGCUUUGGAUCAGACAUCCUCGGGACUCUCAACUAGAGAUGGCGUAUCUCGCAUACGGAAACGAAGCAUCCAUGGUGACUAAAUACAGCAGUGCUGCUAUCGUUGUCAGCGUUCCCACCCUGCAACAGAGGUUACGCAUGCUUGCAAAUAAUGCCAUGGGGCUAUCGACUUGA